GAGGGAUGUUCAAUGCUACAGGACAAGGUGGUCCGGAAGGGCCGAGAGGACAAGAAAUGAUGGGCCGUGGCCCACCAGAUAUGCAGCGCGGACCAAUGCCACAAAUGGAUAACUCUGGAAGAGUAUCUUUCCAGCAAGAUCCUACGCUCGUGCAAGGCGUUCAGAAAUUGCUGCAGAUAUUUCGCGCAGAUGCGCCAAGACCGGGAGGCCCUCAGCAGUCUGGCGGCCCACCGCCGUUCGGAAGUCCGCCAGGUGCUGGUGCCGGUUCGUUUGGAGGACACGGUGGACCGGGACCAAUGGGACCAGGAAGUUUUGCGAUGCAGAGUGGACCUCCAGGAAGUUUUCAUCGCGGUCCUCCAAUGGGGGCUGAUUUUCCAGCUGAAAAACGAUUACGCCGAUAAUU